AAUUAAGCUGAUGCUGCCUGGCUGCUGCUGCAUGUGGCACCACACAGAGACACAUGUUCAUCUACACGCAGCUGCUGCGAAGCUCAAUUGUUGUACCCCUUCUCUUCUCUCAGGUACCAGCUGACCUGGCGAUUUCACAUCCCCUACUUCUCCUACACUUCCACUCGGCAGCUCUCUGGCAGAUCAACUUUCCAGCAAUCUGCAGCUAGCGACUACGCUGAAAGCCGAACGGGCUCAGAGAGAGUUCGACUCGCAGCAGUACGUGCACAACAAGGUAAGUGGGUGAUCUUAAUUCGUUCAGUACUGCAUAUGUAUGUAUAUCGAUAUUACUUCUCAAUUAGCUACCUGGGUAAUUGGGGAUUUGGAUCUAGCAGCUAGUACAUAGGCUCAUACUGUAUGCAAACUUCGAAUUUGAUUACCUGGUUUUGGGUACCCAGCAAAAAAUUCGGAUACCGGACAGUAUCAGCAUUUCUUGAUACCGGACAGUAACAACAGGUUAGCUACCACUAUGCUAGCAUAUUUAUUAUGCACAGUAAGAGUUCAAUAAUUAUCUAUUAUAUGCUAAAAAAAAUCAAAAUUUUGUUGAAAUAUUCGAGUUGUAUUUUUUGGCAUCCAUGGCAACUGCAAAUUCCAGUACCCCUCAGUAAAAAUACUGAGUUCGGCAGCCAAAACAUUUGCUCAUACUGUCAUACAUACAUGAUGACUUUGCUAUUGUUUCCAGUGUAAAAAACCUACCGAAUACAAAUGGACCACAAAGCUACUACCGCACAACGUGACCUAGAGCAUAUAUUAGUCGAGGAAACCGCUGAGCCCAAGGCCCUGCCAUUAUCACUUUUGGAGGACAUGACAGAUCAUUUCUCUGAUGACCUAGAGAUUGGACGCGGUGGAUUUGCGGUGGUCUAUAAGGGAAAACUUGGCGAUAAGGAGGUCGCCGUGAAGAGGCUGUCCGAAGCUUAUAUGCAUGAAAAAGAAUUUGACCGAGAGAUUCAAUGCCUGGUACGGGCAAAACACAAAAAUGUAGUAAGAUUCCUGGGAUAUUGUGAUGACAGACAAAGAAAUAUGGAAAGAUGCGACGAAAAAUUUCUCAUGGCGGAUAUCCACCAAAGAUUGUUUUGCUUCGAGUAUAUGCCUAAAGGGAGUCUUGAUAAGUAUAUCAAUACGCAUCAUGAGUGGGAAACGUGCUACAAAAUAAUCAAAGGGAUCUGUGAGGGUCUGCAGUACCUUCAUGACAAUAGUAUUAUUCACUUGGAUCUGAAACCCGCCAAUAUACUGCUCGACGAUGACAUGGUACCAAAAAUAACUGAUUUUGGCCUGUCAAGAUGCUUAGAUGAAAAUCAAAGCCAGGUGUUUACAAAAACUAUAUCAGGAACAAUGGGAUAUUUGGCGCCAGAACGUUACGGAGGGAGUGGAAUCAAACCAAGUGGUGACUUGUAUAGUCUUGGUAUUAUUAUCAUGGAAAUACUGACCGGACAGAAGCAGCCUCAAGAUACCAAGGAUGUACUUGAAACUUGGAGUGAUAGGUUGGAGAGAUCACAACAAGACACAGUCUACGAACAAAUACGUGUAUGCAACGAGAUAGCUUCAAAUUGCAUGCAGUUAAAUCCAAAGGACAGACCAGCUAGUGCAGGAGACAUAAUCGACAGGCUUCACGAAAUGGAAAGGAUCCAGGGCUGGUUUGAGGAAAUAUUUUACUUAUCUCCCGAGCCGGCUCAACUGCCAGGCUCAGCGUAUCGUUUCGCCAAGAUGAAGCCACUGUUGCCUGUGAAGCUCGGCCCACGCAACUCGACGAUGGCAGCAACAAAGAUGUUGUCGCCAUACGACAUGGUGGAGCCGAUGUCGUAUCUGUGCGUGAGCGUGGUGAAGGCGCGGGACCUGCCCACCAUGGACAUCACCAGCGUGCUACACCCCUACGUGGAGGUGAAACUAGGGAACUUCAAGGGCGUGACACAAUGCCUGGAGAAGAACGCCAACCCGGUGUGGCAGCAGUUGUUCACCAUCUCUGGCGCCCACCUGCAGUCCAAUCAGCUGCAGGUUAUUGUCAAGCACAAGGACGUGCUCCGUGACGACUUUGUCGGUCGCGUCGUCUUUGACAUGUCCGACAUCCCCAACCACUCCCCGCCUCAUAGUUGGCCGGCCCCGCAGUGGCACCACCUUUCUGAUGCACGGGGCAAGAGGUUCCCACAUGGCCAUAGUCUCGGCGAGAUCAUGCUCGCCGUUUGUCUUGCCACACAGGUCGACGAGGCCUUGCCAGAGGCGUGGCACUCGGAAGCGCCCCCUCUCUCAUUUCAGGGGCUCACCAACACGCGCUCCAAGGUGUACUACUCCCCCAAGCUCAUCUACCUCAAGGUUGCCGUCAUUGCGGCACAAGACCUCAUCGGCACUGAGGAGGACCGACUGGCAGAAUCCGUCGCAAAGAUCCAGAUAGGCAGCCAGAUCAGGCGGACGCGGCCGGGGAAGCCACAGGGAUCCGUGAAUCCGACAUGGAAUGAAGAGUUCAUGUUCGUGGCCAGCGAGCCAUUUGAGGACGAGUUGGUGGUGACAGUGGAGGAGAAGGUCUGUGCCGGGAGGGCCGAGCCGAUUGGGCGCAUUAUCAUCCCUCUGGCAGACAACGUGCCGCGCAACGACCUGGCCAAGUCGGUGCCGUCCAAGUGGUUCAGCCUCUCGCAUGGGAUGAUGGAGAGCAAGGACAAGGAGUCAUUCAAGACGUUCGCCAGCAAGAUCCGUCUCAGGAUGAGCCUGGAGACGACGUACCACGUGAUGUACGAGUCCAUGAACUACAUCAGCGACCUGCAGCCGGCAGCGGGCUUUUGACACUAUUCAUUAAGUAGCAAUUUCGUGUUUUUUGUAUGUCCCAAACAAACUAAUUUGAAGUUGGAAUUUUGAACGGAAGUACGAUUAUCAUACUUGUCAA